AUGGCUUCAGAUCACGGCAACAAGCCACCGCUAGGAACAGCAACGACGACGUCGUCUCCAUCCCCAGCACGCCAAGCGACGUCGGAUCAGCAGCAGCAGCAGGUUGGGGUGGUGAUCAAGUGCCCUCGCUGCGACUCCCCGAACACCAAGUUCUGCUACUACAACAACUACAGCCUGAGCCAGCCCCGCCACUUCUGCAAGACCUGCCGCCGCUACUGGACCAAAGGCGGCGCCCUCCGCAACGUCCCCAUCGGCGGCGCCUCCCGCAAGUCCAAGAAGCAGCUCCAGCAGCUCAAACCCUCCUCCUCCUCCUCCUCCGCCGCCACCACUUCUUCUUCUCCCGAUAUCGGAGGUUUCAAAUUCUUCCACCCUCCUCCUCCUCCUCCUCAGAUGGACUUCAACCUCAAAGACCUCUCCCUCAUGCCCAAUUACAACCUCCACAAUCAAUUCUCUUUCGACGCCGCGGUUUCCGCUCCUCCUCCUCCGCCGUUGGGGUUCAGCCUGGAGCCUCCGACGAUGACGAUGAUGAUGACGAUGCGCGGGGGAGGAGCAGGCGGGUCGAUGAACGUGAACACGAGCCUGGCCUCGUCGAUCGAGUCGCUGAGCUGUAUGAAUCAGGAUCUCCACUGGAAGCUUCAGCAGCAGAGGUUGUCGACGCUUUUCGGAGACAACAACGACAACAACAGUGUCAAGGAGGAUGGUGGUGGGGCCAUCGGGUUGCCACGUCAGCAGCGGGAGCCGGAGAAGCCGCAGCCCAUACUGUUUAGGGAUCUCGGGGAGAUUCGUAUGGACGGCGGUAAGCCGGAGGAGGUGGUUGUUGGUGGUGGCGGUGGCGGGAAAGGAGACGGAGAGGCGGCCACCGAGUGGUUCUUUGGCAACUCCUACGGCCAGGUGGUGGGGAGUGGUGGCGGUGGUUCUGCGGCGGCGGCGGCCAGCAACAACGGUGGUGCUAACUGGAACGGUGGUGGUAAUGGUGGUGGAGGUUUGCAGGCUUGGGGGGAUUUGAACCCUUACGGCACCACUACUACUUCUUUACCCUAG